AACAAAUAUGGAGUCGCCUAAAGGUGUUCUGAUUGUCCAUGAGAAAUGAAUUUGUCUCAGAAAUUUGUACAUCCAUGAUGAAUAACAACUUUCCAAGUGUGAAAACCUAUUCAACAAAAUGGCAGCGGUCUUACAAGUUAUAUCAUGAGAAAGAAGGGCUUUUUGACAGAGUACAAGCACAAACAAGGAAGAAUACGGGGCACAGAGAUGAUGCCAAAAGUGAUGCUGUGGAGAAGACUGUGGACAAUGGAUCCCAGCAAUGUUCUGCUUCAAUGAGUUCAGCCAAAAGGCAACCCAUGCAAAAGUCACUGAAGACAAUCUCUAAGUCGCAGACUGCUACUCCUACAUCUUCCCGAGACAGUCCUAGACCCGCCACCGUCAUGUCAAGACCACCCACCAUCACCUCCGUCUCCAGAGCAGCCACCACCAUGGCAGUCUCCAGACCAUCAGUCUCCAACCGUGUCAUUCACAACAAGUUCCCAGCUGGCACACCACUGAUCCGUAAACCAGCGAGGAAGCAUGGAGCAGCCAUUCCCCGGAAACCACCAGUAACCAGACAGGCAGCAGCAGCAAGGACACACAUCUCCUCCUCCGCUGCAGCAGCAGCUGCUGCUGACCCCACUCACAGCCCACCUAAAGUUCUGUGCACAGAAACACUGCUCCGAUACCAUCCUGAACAUGCUGAGAAAGUUCACUGUAAGAAUGACUCGUACAUCCAUGCUUGGCUACGGGGAGUGGAGGAGGCUACAGGAACGGAGAGAGGAGGGCAGCACAGCAAUGACUGCGAGUCAAGCAUUGAACUGUUGCGGGAUGCUCAGGUGGAACACACAGGUCUGGCCAGAAGGAACUCUGCCUCCUGCCUUUUGACGGAGAUGAUGAACGCAUUUAAAUCCUCCUCCAUGGAGAAAAGCCCUGAGCUGUCAGUUGUCAAGGAACUGCCAUCUUUACCAGAACAUCCGUCUGGACCAAUGGACAUCAAAGCAGUGUCCAGCCAGGAAUGUAAACAGACAAAGCGGAAGCUGAGGAAGUCCAGGAUACCAACACCUAUCAGAAGACUGAGCAGCUGCAGUUCUCAAUCUGUGAAAGAAUCUGCUAAAACACAUGAAGAAGACAGUAGCCACACCUACACCUACAGGUGGACCAUGGCAUCACCCACAAGAGAAGGUGACACACAGACCAAAAGUAUAUCUUCAGCUGGAUGUACUGGCAGGCUGACGCGGAAGAGACUAAACUCUACGACUAAACCAUGUGCCAUGUCCCUGGGAAAAGUAGUCUUCUCUCAGAAUCUUUCUCCUAUACUCACAGAUGGAAGAAACACAAGUGGCACCACAACCAAGACAGUUACAGGCUCUCUUUGCAAGUUCAUUCGUCAACUCGACCAUAAAAGACUAAAUUCUACAACAAAACCAUGUGCCAAGUCCCUCAGGAAGGUGGACUUCUCUCAGGCUCUGUCUCCCAUUCUCACAGAGGCAACUGAGAGGAUGAAGUUAGAAGAGACAACGCCGGAGAAGCAAUGUCAACAUAAUUCUCCAAACAAGGAAAAUGUUUGUGCUAUCCCGAGGAAGCAGAGAUAUGUCAGCAGUAAUCAGAAGGGCAAUCUGGAUCCAAAAACAUCCACAGUUCUGUUCGUGUCUAAGAUCAAUGCAUGCAACCUGACACCAAAUCUGUCACCGAUCCAAGCAAAAACAGAGCUCAUGAGCAGGGUCCCACAGCCAACAUUUGACUUCCAUGUGGUUGAGCAAGAGGAAGCUGUGAAGGAGGCCAAGCAGACUCCUACAGCAGUGGUACCUAUUGUCACCAGUACUCCAGACUCCAAACGUGGCCGCGAACCAUUGCUGCCGGUGGACCUAUCAUCAGUGGCGCCCCCAAGUGUGGGGGAAGAUGAACUGCUUCCUCUACGUAUAUCUGGUGAUAUUGUCAACAGUGAUGAGAUUGCGUGUGCCAGCGAUGUCAGUCUAGAAGUGGACAUUCCUAAUGUACAGGCUGCUGAUGUCUAUGGACAUAUCCCUGACUCCAGCGACCUCGCAGUGGAGGUGACAAAUUCAGGCUCAACAACAGCGGCAACACACACCUCAACUGAACUUCACACCAAAGCAAAACAAGAGGUGAAGUUGAAGCCAGACUCAACAGGCCUGACGAAGAGAACUGUUUUAUGCAAGCUUUCCCAGGCUGCACGAGCAUCCAAUGGUGUUAAUGCUUCACAUGGUCACUCAGUUGUUGCAAACGCCAGGUCUCUAAAGAGCUGGAUGUAUCUCCCUGGAUGCAGCAAUGGGAGUAACAUUAAUGGCAAGACACAGAAAGCUGCUGCACAAGUUGAACACACCCACCCUUCGCAGCAUCCUCUCUGUUAUUUGGUGGGUGUGGUUAAGAACUGUCAGAUGGCUCGGGCACCUGGCAAGGUCAAGGUCAUGUCCAAGUCCAGAAAGCUGAUGGUGGCAAUAGCACAGGCACCUCCAGAUGCAAUUAGGGCCACUGCAGGAAGAGUGACUCAAGUAUAGAACUGUCAGAUGAGUGACUCAAGUAUAGCACUGUGACAAGAGUGGCUCAAGUAUAGCAGCAGUGUGAGAAGAGUGACUCAAGUGUAGCACUGUGACAAGUGUGACUCAAGCAUAGCACUGUGACAAGAGUGGCUCAAGUAUAGCAGCAGUGUGGGAAGAGUGACUCAAGUGUAGCACUGUGACAAGUGUGACUCAAGCAUAGCACUGUGACAAGAGUGACUCAAGUAUAGCAGCAGUGUGGAGUAGUGACUCAAGUGUAGCACUGUGACAAGUGUGACUCAAGCAUAGCACUGUGACAAGAGUGACUCAAGUAUAGCAGCAGUGUGGGAAGAGUGACUCAAGU